GGCUGCCUAUAAAGCCCGAGAGGGACUGAGCCAGGUGUUCUCUGCCUCCUCUGCGCCACUGAGAGGAUGCUGCGCGUGCGGUGCCUCCGCGGAGGGAGCCGGGGAGCAGAAGCCGUCCAUUAUAUCGGGUCCAGGCUUCGCCAGGCCUUCACAGGAUGGGUGCAGCGAACUUACCAGAGCACCCAAGCUGCUGCUGCUCCUGCAGCCUCCCAGACUACCUGUGCUAUUGCUGAUGAUAAGGCCCCCGAUCCUGUUCCCGAAGGUUGCCCUGUCUGCUCAUACAAUGAAUGGGACCCGCUUGAGGAGGUCAUUGUGGGAAGAGCUGAAAACGCCCGUGUUCCUCCUUUUUCAGUUGAGGUCAAGGCCAACACCUAUGAAAAGUACUGGAGUUUUUACCAGAAGUUCGGAGGCCAGAGCUUCCCUGAGGAUCACUUAAAAAAAGCAAUUGAUGAAAUCGAAGAGAUGUGCAAUAUUUUAAAAAUGGAAGGAGUGGUUGUGAAGAGGCCUGAGCCCCUUGACUGGUCGUCUGUGUACAAAACACCUGACUUUGAAUCCACCGGUAUGUAUGCAGCCAUGCCAAGAGACAUUUUGCUGGUAAUUGGAAAUGAAAUAAUUGAAGCACCAAUGGCCUGGCGUGCCCGUUUCUUCGAGUACAGAGCAUACAGACCAAUCAUUAAAGAUUACUUUCGCCAAGGUGCUAAAUGGACCACAGCUCCAAAGCCCACAAUGGCUGAUGAACUUUAUGACCAGGAUUAUCCCAUCCGCACUGUGGAAGACAGGCACAAGUUGGCUGCUCAAGGCAAGUUUGUCACAACUGAAUUUGAGCCAUGUUUUGAUGCUGCUGACUUCAUAAGAGCUGGAAGGGAUAUCUUUGUGCAAAGGAGUCAGGUUACUAAUUACUUGGGUAUCGAGUGGAUGCGAAGGCAUCUUGCACCAGAAUACAGGGUGCACACCAUCUCUUUCAAAGACCCCAAUCCAAUGCACAUUGAUGCCACGUUUAACAUCAUUGGACCAGGCCUCGUGCUUUCCAACCCAGAUCGUCCGUGUAAUGAGAUUGAUCUCUUCAAGAAGGCAGGCUGGACAGUGGUUCACCCUCCAUUGCCACUCAUCCCUGACAACCACCCAUUGUGGAUGUCCUCUAAAUGGUUGUCCAUGAAUGUCCUCAUGCUGGAUGAGAAACGUGUGAUGGUGGAUGCUAAUGAAACUUCGAUUCAGAAGCUCUUUGAAAAUCUAGGCAUUUCAACAAUCAAAGUCAACAUCCGCCAUGCCAAUUCCUUAGGAGGUGGCUUCCACUGCUGGACCUGUGACAUCCGCCGUCGUGGCACCCUGAAAUCUUACUUCGAUUAGGCAGGGGCCUGUGUGCGUUUCAGUUUGCAUGAUGUAGGUAUAGGAUGAUGAUGAAGAAGAAGAGAUUGAUUUCAUCUUUCUGCUUAAAAACAGAAUGUGAUUGCAUGAGCUGUAGCACUUGGAAUUGUGCCCCUCUCCACAUCCUCCAGUAAAAGUACCACAAUUUCUUCCAAGAGCCUUUUCACACAUUGCACACAGAUGAGCCACAGAAUCAGCAAGAGACCACUGGUCCCUAGUGAGCAGAUUUGUAUGAUGCAGAUGAGUUUCUGAUGCUGCAAUCAUACUUUUAAAGAUGUCCGUGGGUGUAUGUAUACCAAGGGUGGGUUACCCCAAGCACUACAAAAAAUGUUCUUGGGGCUGCAUGUGGCCUGCAGCUACACUUUGACCACCCCUGGUGUAUAUACAUACAUUUGGCUCCUAUGCAUCAUUUUUCAGAAGUAAACCCACUGAGUUCAAUGUGGCUUCGUGUCAGGGAAAUGUAUAAAAGGAUUGCAGCAUCAUUCAGAAAAUUUACUUGGUUUUUAAAUGAUGUUCUAUCAGUUGCCAACAUUUGUAAAGAACUUCUAUAUCGGAACCUGAGCUUGGAAAAGUUAUUUUCAGGCUACAACUCUCAGAAUCCCCAGCCAGCAUAGCUGUGCUGCUGGGAUUCUGGGAGUUAUAAUCCAAGAAAAUAACUUCCAAAAUCUAUAUUUGUAUACUGUAUAAUGCUGAAUAGACUCAGACUAAUGUAGUUUUCUCUAAGGUCCAGAGGAAAUCAAUGUGACUUGCCUAACGUGGUCUGGAUUCAGGCCCCUUUCUCUAUGAGUUGCUGCACUCUUAAAACAUUUUAGUCAUUCUCCCAACCAGCAUAAUGUGUGAAAGGUGAAAGGACCCUUGGAUCAAUUAGGCCUAAUUUGUAACUUGUUAUCAGCAGUAAGCACAGGUCUUCUGGCUGGCUUUUUGAAAGACUUCCUCUCCGUUUGGACAUCGCUUUUUUCCUUUCAAGUCUCAGGAUAUACAAAACAUGACAAUACUUCUGGUCUCUAGAAUUCAACAGGUGAAACUACACAUCUACCUCUGUUUAAAAUUCUAUCAAAAAGGCAGCUAGAAAUGUUAGACCUGAGUUUAACAUUGAUAUUUUCUUUCCAGUUGAUAAUUUGUAUUUGUAUGUACGUUGUUGGGUGUGUAGCCACACUUCCUAAAUAUUAAGACAAGACUUAAAAAUACAGAUUUUACAUGGGCCCAGGUUUUUUAAAAAUGGAUUUUAUAGGUAAUGUUCAAGUUAGUUUGUCUUUUAAAAGAAACACAUUAAAAGUGUUGCACCUGCUAUAAUUAUGCAGGAGGUGGGCAUCCUAUGGCCCUCCUGGAUACUGUUGAACUAUAACCCCCAUCACUCAUGGGCACAUGCCAAAAAAGUGUUCUCUAUCAGAAAGACUAGAGUCAGAACCUGGACUAGCUAUGGACUCUGAGAACUGUAAUUAAAAAGUAACUUCCAAAUCUGGCGAAGAUAUGUGUGCAUGUGCAUAUGCAUGUAUGUACAGCAGUGAUCCCCAAACUUUGGUCCUGCAGAUGUUUUAGACUUCAGCUCCCAGAUAUUUCUGACUUUUGGCAAAGUAGGCUGAGACUUCUGAAGUCCAAAACACCAGGAAGACUAAAGUCUGGGAAUCACUGAUGUACAGUGUAGUGUUGCCAGGUGGAAUAAGAGGUAGGGCUCAUAUUCUUUUAAUGGUUGUGUAGAAGAGGGAAUGUCACAGGGGUUGCUUGGUCAUACAAAGGUACCUGCUGAAAUUCCCCCGUCUACACAACCGUUGUUUUUUCCUGGUGACUCUAGUGCAGUGCCCAGUUCCUAAGCCAGCAUCACAUAUAAAUGCCUGCGUUAGAGAAAUAAUUAUCUUUAUAUUUUAAAUCUUCAAACAUUUCUGUUUUACUUCCUUGUUCCUGAUGCUUUGAAUACAGUGACCUAGGUUGAAAAAAUAGUUUAUGGUGGAGUAGUUUUAUCCCAGUGUAUCAUGCCUCUCAUUGAGUAUUUGAUACAUUUAUAUUAUUAGCUUUUUUUAAUGUUGUUCCUCCAAUGCGCACCAGCACAACACAUUUCAUUUGGUGAACUUGUUUACAUAGCAGUGUCUUAAUGAUGAUGAUGAAAAUGAUAGGUACAAACACAAAUGACAGAAAUCUAAUAAUACCUCCUGGUGCUGUAAAUUAAAUUUUUUAAAAAAUCAGUUUCUUCAAUAUGUAUUUUUUUAUGCCAAUAAAACAUGUUUGCAUUUGUCAA